GGGCCAAGGCCAACCCAGGGGUGAGGGAGCCAGCGGUUGGGCAGGGAGCAGGGAAGCCCAGGAUAGGGAAGGCUUAAGUGUGGGGGGGAGCAGGGCGCUGGGGCUCAGAGCUGCCAGGCAGGAAGUUGGGGGGAGUGAGCAAGCCAGCUCUGGGAAGUUUGCAAAGCUGUCAGUGUGUGAGGAGUGAGCGGCUGCACAGAGCCCUCUCGGCCCACGUCGGUGCCUGCAGGCUGAGCGUCAGGGAGAGGGCCAGAAAGAAAGGAAGACUCCUGCUCUGCCAUCAUCACUGACCCUGCUGCCAAGGGCCUAGGGGCCCAGGCCAUGUGCAGCUGACCCGGGAGCCCAGGGAGAGAAUCACCAAGAACUGGGAAUGGCCAGCCCUGGGGCCACUGCAUGGCUCUGCAUUUGGUGGGGCCUCCUGGCCAGGGAGGUCUGGGGCAUGAACUACCCUCCCAGGUACAAUCUCUACACAGGAAACAACCUGCCUUUCACACAGCUCCAAGGGACAGCACAAGCAACCAAUGGGGCCCGGGUGGCCAGUCGCCACAGGAAUUGGUGUGCCUAUGUGGUAUCCCGGAAAGUGAGCUGUGUGGUGGAGGAUGGAGUCGACACAUAUGUGAAACCAGAUUAUCAGCCAUGUGUUUGGGGACAGCUCCAGUGUCCUCGUGUUGUCAUAUACCGGAGUUUUGUGCGCCCACGCUAUAAGGUGGCCUACAAGAUGGUCUCAGACUUGGAGUGGCGAUGCUGCUCUGGCUAUUCAGGUGACGACUGUGCUGAAAGCGGGACGCUACUUACUACCAACCGACCACGACCUCAGCCUGGUCGACCCAACCUAGCUGGCUUUGGCAACCCCCUCAGUGGUGGAGAAGGACACAGGGACUCGGCCAAAGUCCAACAGCUGGAAGAAAAAGUGCAGAGCCUGACCAAGCAACUGCACGACUUGCAGUCUACCGUGCAGGCCAAUAACGCCAAGCUGACCGAAGAUGUGCGCCGGGCAGCGGAGAACGGCAAACAGCAGCCAGCAGACGCCGCCGCCGCCGCCGCCCACCCGGAGAUGAAGGAGACCCUCAACGAGAUCCAGCGCCACUUGCAGCGCCUCGACAACCGCAUCGCCAACCACGAGAACGGGCGAGGCGCGGGCGGCGGCGGCGGCGGCGGCGGGACGGACGUCCGAGGCGAGGUCCUGCGGGAAGUGGAGCGGCGCUUGCAGGACUCCUGCGCCUCCUGCCUAACCGGCGCGGAGGAGCUGAAGCGGCAGCAAGGCGAGGACCGCGACCGGCUGCGAGCUCUGGAGAAGUUGGUCUCCUCCCUGGACCAGCGGAGCCGCGAAGCCGCGACCUCCAUCCAGCAACACGUGAACCGCCUGGCCGAGCAGCUGCCCAAAGCGUGCUGCCCUCAGCUGGAGGGCCGGGUGGGCGAGCUGGAGCGCGGCUUGGAAACCGUCUCCGAUUCGGUAGCCGCCCUGGACGAGCACCACGUGGGAGGCCGGCCGCAGCCCUCGGCCCAGCCGCAGCCGCCCUGGAGCGUCGACAGGCGGAUGACCGAGGUGGAGAGCCGCGUCAACACCACGCAGCGCGGCAUCUUGGAGCACUUGGAGGACGUGCAGGUCAUGCUGCACGGAGCGGGCGAUCGGCUCGGCCGAGCCGAGAGGCAGCUGGACUUCUUGUUCUCCCGGCUGAACGACUUCCAGAGCCACGUGGGCCGAGCUCUGGCCAAUCUGUCGCGGGACGUCGGCGGCCUGAAGGACGGUAGCAUGCAGCAGCAGGGGGCGCUGGAGCGGGUCCGCGCCUCCGUUCACGCCUGCACCCAGAUCUGCACCGAACCGGGCAACCAGGACUCGCAGAUCAGCAACAUCUUAAGCGACCUGGAACGGCGCGUGCUGGACAACGAGGGCCAACUGCGCUUGCUGGGCUCCAGCCUCCACCAGCUCGACGUGUCCGGGAAAUUGCGCAACUUGCAAGGCUUGGUGGGAGCGAACAGCGAAGCCCUUGGCAAGCUGGCCGGAGAGAUUGGCGAGCUGGAGAACCGGAUGGUCAUUUCCGUGAGUGCGGGGCCUCCGGAUUUGAUACGUUAUUCCAAUCGCACCAAUAAGCGCUUGGAGAAAUUGGAGCAAGGGGUCGAGAGGUUGGAACACCAUCCCUGCACUCAGAGCUGCUCCCAGCUACGGGGAGAAAUGGUGCAGCUCAGGGAGCAGGUGGAAACCUGUCAAACAGCCUGCCGGCCAAUGGGGGAAAAGCCAGAACUGGGUACCGAGCAAGGGGAGACUUCCAAACCCCUGGAUGGCUUCAGCGUGAUCGGCGGCAGCUCUAGCAUCCACCUUCAGUCUUUGCAGGGAGAGCUCUCCGAGGUGAUCUUGGGCUUCAGCUCGCUCAAUGAGACCCUGGCUGGGCUGCAGGCCACCGUGGAAAAGCAUGAAACCGACAUCCAUGAAUUGGGCACGACCAAGGAUCGCAUCAUCACAGAGAUCAACCGGGUGCAGCAGGAGGUGACGGAGCACGUGGGCGAGAGCGAUGUGCGCUUCCAGGACCUGGGUCAUGAGGUUCAACGGUUCAGCGGUACCCUACAAGUGGAGGCAUCAGACUGUCGGAGGGCCUCUGGGGGUCUGGCCGAGCGACUGACUAAGCUGGAAGGCACCUGUGAACGGCUAGACCAUGUCUCUGGGAGCUUGCGCAAGAUUAAGGAAGGGCUGGACAAGCACAUCUCGGCUUUGUGGGGCUGCGUUCAUGAAGUGAAUGGGACUCUGCGCAGCCACGGAGCCUUGUUAGAGAAGAUCCAUGGCAGCCAGUUGGGCACCAUCCACCGCCACCUCAGUACUCUCAAUGGCUCCCUUCAUACCCUCAAGGGUCAGCUGCAUGACCUCACACUGCAGGACUUCACAGGCCCUCCGGGUCUUCCAGGCCCCAUGGGAAAACAGGGCCCUCCAGGUCUGAUGGGACCUCCUGGCAAGGAUGGAAAGACUGGCAUAGAGGGACCUCCAGGUUUCCCUGGAAAACAAGGACCACCAGGUCCACCUGGAAGAAUGCCCAAAGUCUCCUUCUCAGCAGCUCUGACAAACUGGCAUUUCAAUACUGGAACCGUCAUCUUUGACAAGGAGCUGGUGAACGAUGGCAAUUUCUAUGACCCAAAAACAGGAACUUUCACAGCUCCUGUUUCUGGCCGCUAUCUGGUCAGCGCGAUUUUGACCGGGCACAGAGGUGAGAAGAUUGAGGCAGUGCUCUCGCUUUCCAACAAGGCCAUUGCCCGCAGCGACUCAGCUGGAUAUCAGCCUGAAGGACUGGAGAACAAACCAGUGGCUGAGAGCCAACCAAGUGCUGGUGCUUUGGCAGUCUUCACUCUCAUUGUCCCAAUGGAGAUCGAUGAUACUCUCUGUGUGGACCUCGUGUCUGGCCAGCUAGCCCACUCUCCAGAUGAGCCACUGACAGUUUUCAGUGCCGCCUUGCUUUAUGAGGAAAAAUUGGGGGUCCAUAUGGUUCCUCAAUGGGGGUAGGAGCAACUCAAAGCAGUCCACAGCCCAGCAGGAAAAAAAGAUACCAAGGAACCCCAAAUUUGCACCCCAAUAACGCCUCCGUUCUUCCCUUCUGGGCUGGUGUCACCCAGUGACAACUAGGAUGGCCGAGGUAUAGUGAGUGAUUAAGGUAUUGGACUAGGACUAGGAAGAAGCAGGGCCAAGCCUUCUCUUAGCCAUGGAAAUUCACGGGGUGACUUUGGGCCAUUUACUUUCUUUCGGGCCAACCUACCUCACAGGGUUGCUUUUGUAGGGAUAAAACAACAGGAGUUCCCCAUGGAAGCUGCCUUGAACCUUGGUGGAAAGGCAAGGUAUAAAUCUAAUAAAUAAAUUGGCAGCUUUUGCCACCCCAGAGUUGAAGCUGUCAGCUGAGUUCCUGAGGACUUAAGUAGCCUCAAGCAAACUUUUUGCCAGCACUUCCUUUUUCCCUCCUAAAGCAUGAACCAUGGGGAGAACCUGCCUCUCUAAAGCCCUGUAAGCUACUCUUAAGUGUACUCUUAAAUACUACUAAGUGUAUUAAUACCCUCUGCAUUGUCUAGGGCCCAGGAUUUGAAAAAAGCCAGAAAGUGCAGCUGCCUAGACCAAGAGAACACAUUGUCUAGGACAGUGAUGGCAAACCUAUGACAUGCAUGUCAAAGCUGACACAUCACAACAUUUUGAGUAACACAGCAGAGUUUAUGCCAACACUCAACAACUAUUCUCAAAAGCAUGCCCCGUUCUGCAAUUUUCAGAGACUGUGGAGGCCAGGCAAGACUGAAGUGUGCUUUCAUACAGCCUCUGGACCCUCCAGAAGUCAAGCAAGAGGGUCACACUCUUCUUACACAGCCUCCUAAGCCUCUGAAAAUCAUGCAAGAACAGGUUGUGUUUUUGUGCAGUUUCUGAAUGCUUUAAAAGCCAUGGAAGAGCAUUCUCCAAAGUCGUUUUAAAGCAGAGGUUGGUUUCAAAAGGUUCUGACCAGUUCUGGAGAACCGGUAGUGGAAAUUUUGAGUAGUUUGGAGAACCGGUAGUAAAAAUUCUGACUGGCCCUGCCCCCAUCUAUUCUCUGCCUCCCAAGUCCCAGCGGAUCGGGAGGAAAUGGGGAUUUUGCAGUAUCCUUCCCCUGCCACGCCCACCAAGCCACGCCCACCAAGCCACACCCACAGAACCGGUAGUAAAAAAUUUUGAAACCCACCACUGCUUUAAAGCCUCAUUUGACUGAAGAAAAGUCAGGUAGGUUGCAAGAGCCUGUUAACAGAAGGAGAACAUCCUUUAAAGGUAAGUGGCACAUAGCAGAUCCUGGGGAAUGUUGGGCCAUGGGGGCAAUUCUGCCAUAACCUGAAGCUCUUGUGCCUUGGGAACUGCGCAAGGUAGUCUAUAUUAGCGGCAGUGGUGGUACUAGGGAUAAAUUUGAGGCCUGGGCUAAUGUUCAGAGUGGCCUAGAUGGGAGUAAGGAAUUAUUUCUGUGUGUGUGUGUGUGUGUGUGUGUGUGUGUGUGUGUGUGUGUGUGAGAGAGAGAGAGAGAGAGAGAGAGAGAGAGAGAGAGAGGUCAGCAGAGUCAAGUUAGGUAUUUUCUGAAGUUUUGACAUGUCGAGCCAAAAGGUUCGCCAUCACUGGUCUAGUAACUAGCCCUUCCUUACCUGCCGUGGAAUGGAGGGAAGAAUCCUUUUUGUUAUUUAUCUGUGUCUGUCAUUCCCCAGAGAAAAUGCCCACUGCUCCUCUCUUCUUGCCUUACCAACCGACUCCCUGCUUUGCCCAUAUUUUCUCACAACCUGAGUUGUCUCAUCUAAUCAUGUCCGCUGCCAACCUGUCAAAACCCAGGCUACCUACUAGCUGUAGAUUUAAGAGCCCUGGAUUUCCAAGCCAUGAAGCCACUAAUUUCUACAAUAAGCGAGGAUGAAAAGCUCUUUUGCAGCCAUUUUGGCAGAGUUAUAAGCAGAGGAAGGUGGUAAAUGAAUGGAAGAACUCCCACCUCUCUCUGUUUCAUCCCUUAUGUAUAUGCUGUAUAAUGGCUAAACUCAGCUAAUGAUAUAAUUAUUGAAUAAAGUUUUUUUUUUUAAAAAAAAGA